ACCGUCCGAGACUCCUGUGCGAAAAGCCGCGUGCGCGUACGGUGCAUGCGGGAGGGAUGAACCCCGGCGCCGGUGCCAGGAAGCGCCUCGGCGGGGUCGCGGGCGUCGGCAGCGGGUUCGCGCUCGGGUGCGGCUGCAGGGACGCCAAGGCCGUGGCGGUGGCGGCGUCGUCGACGUCCGCGUCGCCCUACUCCUCCGCCACCGCAACGGACACGUCCACGGCGACGACCGCGUCGUGGCGCGGGGUCAGGACGGCGCCGCACCACCCGUCGUCGGCGUCAGGGUCCACGGGCACGCUCACCGUGCCCUCCGCGUCGUCGUCGUCCUUCCUGUGGGAGGACGCCGACGGGGAUGCCGGCGAGGAGGUGGACUGCAAGCAGCGGGAGGGCCCCGCGGCCGCGGCGAGCUUCUCCGGCCUGCUGCGCCAGCUCAACGAGCUCGAGCAGAGCGUCGUGUCGUGGGGGCGCAAGAGCACCAGCAAGGAUUUCUUGUCGCCACCUCCGCCGCCUCCACCUCCACCGCCGGUACCGGCGCGGCCAGUGAAGCAACGAGUUGCACACAGCGGCGGCGACAGCAAAGAAGGCCACGGAAACUUCUCUCCACCGCCGCCGCCGCCGCCAUCUUUCCAUCUUCAGACGACGCAGCAGCACCGGAAGGCAAAGAGCUUGGACAAAGCCGACAGACAAGCACAAGCUGUAGAGGUCCACUCCAAGCUGGCGCCACUGCCACCUCCACCUCCACCUCCACCAUUGCCAUUAUUGCCGCCGGAGCAGCCACUUAAGGCGAAGAGCACGGACAACGGCGGCAAGAAAGAAGACGCCAGCAUUGCCCCGACAUCGCAGGCGGCGGCCACGAAGCACCGGAAAGCGAAGAGCAGCGACGGCGGCGGCGGCAGGCUGGACGGGACCGUGGCGGUGGUGAAGCAGUCCGACGACCCGCUGAGCGACUUCCGGCGCUCCAUGGUCAACAUGAUCGUGGAGAACCGGAUCGCGACGGGCGACGAGCUCCGCGAGCUGCUCCGGCACUUCCUGGCGCUCAACGCGCCGCACCACCACGACGCCAUCCUCCGGGCCUUCACCGAGGUCUGGGACGAGGCGUUCUCCGCCAAGACCGCCGCCGUCCCCCGCAGGCCCGCCGCCGCCAGGCAGACCCCGCCGCGGCCGCGGCCGAAGGCGCCGACGCCGCCGCGCCGCCGGCACGCGCCGCCUCCGCGCGUGUGGCGCUAGCGCUUACAGUACGUACUUUAGUACUACAUUGUAGCUAGAUUUGCUUGCAAGAAACGGUCGGUAGAUGCCACCUGACCGUACCGCGAAUCUACCGCGGAUCGGAUGUUCUUCCGAUUUGUUUGUUAUAGUGCUCCUCCAGUUUCAGUUCCGUUC